AUGGAUUCACUUGAUCGAGAACUGGAGCUUCAAGACGUCUGGGUUUAUUCCGGUGAGAUCUCUGUGCUUGAGGCUGUGGAUGAGAGGUUGAAAGGAGAGUUUGAUGAGGAGAUGAUGAAGAAACUUUUGCUUGUGUACCUGAGAGAGAAGGCAGAUCAAAGACUGCAUGUGGUUUCUGCUGACGGAAUCACCCAACAAACGCCGUGGUUUUCCCUCUCACCAUGUCAAGAAAACGAAAUGGACAGAAUCAAAAACGACGCAAAGAAACAGAUCGUUGCAGAUUUCUUCCACUUCAUUGAGAAUUUCAAUGAGAAACCAUCAAAUUCAUCCAGAUACACUGUGUUAGGAGCUCCUGUUUUUGCACUCUCUGCUUGCCUUCGGAUACUAGACAUGAGCAUAUCAGAGAUUGACUCCAAAACUCUGAAGUUUGUCGUCGAUCUCAUUCACAAGUAUAAGAACUCCAAAGAUGAAGCGACAAGGGAUCGUUACAGAGAGAUUCUCAGCGAAACACUGUCAAUCAUCUCAAGAAGCGAGCAGCUAUACACUUGCCAAGAGAUGGAUAGUGUCAUAACAGAGCUUCAAAAGCUAUUCAUUUCAGAAACUGGUCAUCGUCAUCAUCAUCUCUAUAAAUCGAAGCCAAACCUCGCUCUCUUCUUGUCAGGACUUAGCAAAUACGAGAUUUCUGAAAACGAAACCUGUACAAAGAGCCGCAAUGAGGUCAGCCUAGUCCUGUUCCGAAGAUGA